GCAAAGGAUCUGCAGCAAUCACUUUACUAUGCGCAUGAGCAGAACACCAACUGGACAGAUAGCUUCUACUACCAUUUACCGUUCUAUUCGGAGCAUCAUCAGGCCGGAUUGAACCUCGCAGUGGCCGCCAUGUUCACCAAAGAAACAAUUCUGCCACGGCACGUGCUACUCAAUGUGGACACAAUUCUGGCCGGUCAAAUGAAACGGAACGCACUUCAAAUUGGGCUGCUUCAGUUCGGGGCCGAAAACUUAAUUCAUCAGCUGUUCGAUCACCGCGCUCCCACGCCCGGGGAUAGCCCAGUGUAUCAGGAACACGGGCCCGAGCCUCUCGGUGCAACCGACUUACUUCGUUCCAUUUACAAGAGAAUGAACGUGAAAAGCCGUCAGAGUGACGCGGAAGGCGUUCACGGUCUUCUGUACAUGCGUUCGAAUGACGUUGACAUCGGGUUUGUUCAGUUGGACCACCAAACACUUUCGGUGAUAACACGUGCCCUUCAGGAUGGAAAGCUGUAUUUGAGUAUACUGACGCAGCUUUUCGGUAACAGUUAUGACCUGAGUGAUCACUCUUCUGGCAGAAUGUAUGAAGCGACACGUCGCAUCCCUACAUGUUUUGGUAUUCCACUAAUCAUCGACCGUAAAAUCAUGACAGUGGGAAGUUCAAGCGCGAACGUGGAACUAAAUCCACAGACAGAAGAACCAGGAGCUGGCCAUGCAACAGUGAUUCGGGGCAUAUCGAAAGCUCGCAUUAGUCAUAGUGUUUUCAUGUAUACAUGCAGUCCACUGGUAUAUUCCGGAAUGCGAAUGGUUCAAACAAUGAAUUUGAACGCCCCGCUUGACAUGCAUAUGGAAUUCACCGCAGUGCCGAAAUUUGGAAUGAAAUUCAUCGCAAAUAUGCCCGAAAAAAGGCAAUCCAUUUUCAAGUACCACACACAGACGCUUGCGGUCACUUCGAAUUGGCCACAAGAUGAUGGCUGCUACGAACACAAGGAGGAGAUUAUACAGUGUGGCUUGGCACAACGGCAAUAUCAGAGAAUUGAUCGAACAUUUGGGGAGCACGUGCUGGGCCUCAAGUACAAUCUCCGUGGUCAUUAUCAUCGACAAACCGGUGACACAACGUGGUGGAUGUCAGCACUGAAUGGCAUAACAGACCAGAACGUACUGACGAUCGAGAUGAUCCCGAGGCAGGGCACACCCAAGGUAGUUGUUUUCACGGCUGAGUUCGAUUUUGGACGGAAGAAACAAAUUAAGCGGCUGAACGUAGAACGAUUCAUACGUAUAACGAAAGUGAAGGAGUUAUUCGAGUUGGAUGAGGAACAGGACGAAGACACUGUCCACUUGCUCGGUGACGGCAGAACAAAAAUUAUCACCAAGGAUCGAGAAAAGAUGCAGCAAAGAGUUACCAGUGAAAGCGAAAGGCGCGAGGAAUUUGUCCGCUACAUUACAACGUAUGAGGGUGAACGAGGUUAUCACAGCUCACUCGAUCUCAAAAUAACGGCGCCUGGAUCAACAACAAAUCGAACAGGGCAAUUUCAUUUAGAUGCAGAAUGCGAUGAAAGUUUUCUCUUCUGCAGACUAGAUAUGAAUGGUCGACGCAGCGCAUUGCUGGAUGGUGAAAGUGGGGACUGGACAUUUGAGUCGCUAUUCCAGAGUAUUUAUCCGAGAAGCGUUCGAUCACUUCAGGAACUAACAGGGCAGAAACAUCGAGAAUAUAACGCUCACUGGGACUGUACAUGGGGAUUCGCCUCCGAGAUGCAACAGUAUCUGAACAUAACUGUGCAGGCAGAACAAGAUCGGGCGCAACGAGACCUGCUCAAGCAAUGCCUUGAAAAGGGAGAAAGCUCAGUAGCGCGUUACCAGGACACCCGUCGUGCCACACAGCUGAACAAAUACAAAAUUGCUGCGCAGUACUGGCUUAGUGCGGAGCUUGAAAGCUAUGCCAGUUCUGUUUACUCACUUCUGAAAGCCUGGAUGUACUGGAAGAGUGACAUGCAAGCAGUACCACCAGCAGCAGCAGUUGCAAGAGGGGGCGAUCAAAAUCAGUGCAUGGCCACGAUAACAGUGGAUGCCGGAACACAGCGAUACAUAAAUAUGGUGUUGGAAACAAGCGAUGAAAUCGUCACAAUCCACGAAAUCAGCCUACCUUUCAAAGCAUCCGGCUGGAUGCUGAAUAUGAUCAAGGAAAAAACGACAGUACAUUCGAUCGGGCAUAUGCUGCAGAAAGCGAUGUACGACCAAGGCGCCGAAUGCUGGGUCACCGCAACUCACGUGCAGACAUUCGACGGGAGCCGCGUGAAAAUACCCUUAACAACCUGUUACAGUGUACUGGCAAAAGACUGCAGGAGUGGAAAUCCAAGCUUCACAGUGAUGGCAAAGCGGAAGCACAAAGACUCCCAAGAAAUGAGGAUGAAAAUCAUUGACCAACGACAAGUGAUCGAGAUAGAACGAGGAAGUGAAACAACGAUGCUUACCACGGUCGAUGGCAGAGCGGUUCAUGACGAGAGUGAACUCUACUCUAAAGGGUAA